CUGGGGCGAUUCACGAUUCGAGACUUUGUAUUUGGUGCAGCGGAAGAAAUCAGAGGUUACCCAGUACAAGAUACGUUCGAUGGUAUGCUCGGAAUGGCUCCAGUAACUACGCACGAAGGGGUAGAUCACACGAUUCUCGAUGGUCUUUUCCAACUGAGCCUUAUUCAACAUCGGGAAUUUGGGCUUUUUUUCAGACAGGCCACGGAAGGAAAAAACUACAUGGUUAUUGGUGAAAUCGCCGCACAAUAUAUGCCACGGGAAAAGUAUCCAGUUCGAACUUUGAACGAACCAGGAUGGACUAUACAAGUGGUUUGGAUGUUUUUCGGUGGAGUACCAUUCAACCUGUCUGGUUACAAGGCGAUAGUGGAUACCGGGGCUACUGCUACCUACAUACCUCCAGAUAUUCUGGAGACUAUUAACGCCAUCCUGAAGGUUACCGAGAGCGUCAGAGGGUUCAACACCGUUGACUGCGACAGAGUUGGAAGAUUUCCUGCGCUUGAUUUCCAAGGUGUAAAUGUAAAGCUGACUGCCUAUUCAUCACAGUAUAUACUGGAA